AUAGUAUGAUUUCGGAGCACACAGACUGCACUGGCAGCGAUCAGCUGUUCGCCUCGCGAACAACGUGUUCCAAGCACGUAGAGACGCUUUUUCAGAUAUUUUUUACAAGUUCAAGUUUAUAUAUCUCUUUUAUAGCAUUUUUUGUGAGACAUUUGCACUUGUGAUCAUGAGCGAGGAAAGUCUUUUGGAGGAGAUAGCUAGUUUGAAGGCAAAAUUGCGAGAGAAGGAGGCUAACCUCGCCAAGUUGCGGCGCGAAAAACAAAUACUGCAGUCGCAUGGACUGAACAAUGCAGAAAUCGCGAGAUACAGUAGGCAAAUUCUUCUGCCUGACAUCGGUGUCAAAGGACAAGUGAAGUUGAAAAAUGCAUCGGUGCUCAUAGUUGGAGCAGGAGGACUGGGCUGUCCAUCUGCGUUGUAUCUAGCAGGAGCUGGAGUUGGGCACAUAGGCAUCGUUGAUUACGAUGACAUAGAAAUCACUAAUCUUCACAGACAACUACUUUUUUCGACCCUAGAUAUUGGAACGUCAAAAGUUGGUGCUGCAGCAGAAUCUCUUCAGAGGUUGAAUGACAACAUUAAAAUCACUCCAUACAAACUUCAGAUUCAUAGCAGUAAUGCUUUGGAAAUAGUAAGACAAUAUGAUGUGAUACUUGAUGCAACAGACAAUGUAGCCACUCGCUAUCUACUUAAUGAUGCUUGUGUAAUAGCAGGCAAACCACUAAUUUCUGGAUCAGCAUUGCAAUUCGAAGGCCAACUGACUGUGUACAAUUAUUCAGGUCCCUGUUACAGAUGUAUUUUUCCAAAACCACCUCCACCAGAAACUGUAAACAACUGUGGAGACAGCGGUGUCUUAGGAGCUGUUGUUGGAACAAUUGGUGUUAUGCAAGCCUUGCAGGCAGUGAAGAUAAUUCUUAACAUGCCUGGAAUUCUUUCCGGAAGAUUGUUGAUGUUCGAUGGAAUGGAAACUACUUUUAGGAAUUUGAAGUUAAGACAAAAAAACCUAGAAUGUGCAGUCUGUGGUACAAAUCCUACAAUACACAAAUUAAUUGAUUAUGAAGAAUUUUGUGGAGCAAAGGCUAAUGAUAAGAAUCCAAAUUUAAAAAUAUUAAAUGCCAAUGAAAGGAUAACUGUUAAUGAGUAUAAGGAGCUCAGCAAAAUUUCAUCAAAGCCUUACUUGUUAGUAGAUGUAAGAUCUCAAGAAGAGUUUGAAAUGUGUAGCUUAGAAGACUCAAUUAACAUUCCCUUCACGAAAAUAAGGAGUGAGAACAGUUUGGCUACCAUAAAGAAAGAAUUAGAUAAGGCUGGAUCAGAAGUUUCUGAUAUUUUUGUUCUAUGUCGUCGUGGAAAUGACUCUCAAAAAGCAGUGAGAAUAUUAAAAGAUUCUCUAUCAAAUCAUGAUGUACAAAUAAAAGACAUAGCUGGAGGAAUUCACGCAUGGACUCGCAACAUAGACCCCGAAUUUCCUAUUUAUUAAUGAAUGGAUCAGAGUUGCCAGAAUACUUUUAUAUUACACUUUGUACAAUUUUGUAAAUACUAGUCUAUAAGUUAAUUACACAAAAGUAUGAUACAAUA